UGAUAAUGACGUCGAAAUACGCGUUGUCGCAAAGUGUAACACACGAGGGUUAGAGAGUGAAUAUCUCGAGCUUAUUCAGCAGUCAUGGGAAAACAGAAGAAACAGAAAAAAUAUGCUACCAUGAAAAGAAUGAUCAGUUUGAAGGAUCAGAGGAUAAAAAAACAGGACAGAGCAAAAACACAAAAGAAGAAGAAAGAAGAUCCAUCAGCCAUUAAAGAACAGGAAGUUGCAAAGUAUCCAUCUUGUCUGUUCUUUCAAUACAACACCCAGCUUGGACCUCCAUAUUACAUCCUUGUUGAUACCAACUUUAUCAACUUUUCUAUUAAGGCCAAAUUAGAUGUUGUCCAGUCAAUGAUGGACUGUCUUUAUGCUAAAUGUGUUCCUUGCAUAACAGACUGUGUGAUGGCUGAGCUUGAGAAAUUAGGAAUGAAGUUUCGAGUGGCUUUGCGGAUUGCCAAAGAUCCUCGCUUUGAACGCUUGCCUUGCUCACACAAAGGAACGUAUGCUGAUGACUGCUUGGUACAAAGAGUAACACAGGUAUGAGAACUUUGUUAGCUG